AUGCGGGAAUUAAUAGUGCUGGUAUUAGUUGCAUGGGCUCACGGGCUCACCGAGCAUUUCGACGAGAAAAUCACACUGGCGCCGUUAAGCACAAAUGAGCUUCGAGUGGAUUUUCGAUUCAAUUCGGAGCGAAAUUUUAAUAUUGAAACAGAAUCCCGAGACUUUCUAACAUUUCCACGUAUCAUUCAAGAGCUUCUCACUCGGUACUCAAUUCGAAAAUUAACAGUGACAAUGGCACACGGGCGGUGGAAACUCGAUGAAUGGGGUGUGCCACCACAGCCUUCCGCCCCUGCUGGCGCUCAAGUUCUCGCUGAAUUCGAUGCUGAAAAUGAAGAAAAAGCAGAUGAGAGAAUGAAGUUUCUGGUGGAGGCGUUGAACGGAGUUCUGUGCACUUCGAUAUCUCAUAUUAAUGUGAUUACGUCGCCGGAGCUCGUCGUUUUGGCGAAUCAUGGGGAAAAGUCAAAGAAAUUAUUUAAAAGAUAUGGAGUAUUGAGUGGAGAGACGACGUGUACUGAGAAUUUGACGAGAUUGAGAAAGUUGUUGGCUUGUAAAGAGAAUGGUCUCAGCACUCUCCUCCACCCUUCAAAACUCUACAACUCCUUGUACCAUUCAUCUCAUCUUGUCAUAGAACAAAAGUGUCUCAAAAGUCAAUGUGAAGCGAGAAUGGAAGUUGGUGUGUCAGUUGUCAUGCGAAAUCCGUCUCAAAAAUCCCAAAGACACUGGUCGCUAGCGGAUGUCUUCGAUCGAAAACUUGGAUCUCAAUGCAUAAUCGCUCGAAGCAGUCAGAUCGAUGUCAUCGGUCGUCAGGGAGAAAUCACAUCGACAGAUAUUAAGAAUCUGACGGCGAUAAGUGGAGAAGAGCCAUUCGAAGUCUAUAUUCCAGUCACUGAGAUUUCCAAAAAAGAGUCCGUAGUGAAGGCGUGGUCGUCGCAAGGAGGAUUCGAGCAGAAGCAUGGAGUACUCACAGUUCACGUCACCAACGAUAACACUGAUUCAGAAAUCCACGUGUCUCAAAUAAUUCCAUAUUAUGUUCACUUGAGAUACAGUCGGAUAAAAUGGGAAUGUGAUAUGGACGGAGUUCCAACGAUUGUAAAAUAUCUACGGAAUAGUGAAGGAGGCGAGGCGCCAACACUUCUACAGUAUCGGCUGAAUCUAGCAGCUGGACAGACGUGUGAACUUGUGAUUCCCUUUGAUAAGCAGCUUCUAAGACUAGAACAAUACCCUCCUGAUGCCAACCACGGAAUGCACAUCCCAUCAGCCAGUGUAUUUGUUCGAAAGUCUCACUCUCCCCACGCCUACUCGAUCCACUCCAGUGCGAUUCUCGUGCUCCUCCCAGUACCCGACUUCUCGAUGCCAUUCAACGUCAUCUGUUUCGUGGCCACCGCCUUCGCACUUGUCUUCGGACCGAUUCAAUUAUAUUCGACGAUGUGGUUGGCGCCGGUCGUUAAAAAGUCACAAUGGGGAAGGAAAAUUCAUCGAAUCAUUCUUCUCGCUAUAAUUGCUUUCUGUCUUUAUGCUCAUAUGAUGGAUAUCAAUUUGAACGAGAUACGAAGAGGGAUUGAGAAUCAGUUGGAGAAGCUCAAUGAGCUGAAGUGA